AUAGAUUUUAGACUUCAGAUCAAUUUUUCCAAAUUCAUUUUUAUGUCUUUUUUAUAUUAGAAUAACAACCAGAGCUUAAGACGAGGUGACUUUAAUUUGCCCCACAGACAUUGGUUCCCAUUAGCGCAGACUGGUAUGUCUUCAUCCCGAAUAUUAGGAAGGCGUGGCCACUCUUCAGAGAGUUAGAGUUCCAGUGCAGGUUGUGCGCGUUCUGUGCGCAGUUUCGGUGACAGAUCAGUUUACUCGUGUAAGAGGGAGCCACACAGAGCUGCAUGCGCGACGCGUUGGAAGAGGUGGACAAAGCGCGCCGGCUCUGCGCACGCCCCUUGUUUUGUUUUGUUUUAUUUUUGGGGCAUUUUUUCUCCAUAUUGUUCGCUUUUUCUAAGUGUCUUAUCAGAUGCUGGAAGCAAACCUUUCCUGUGUCAAGAUUUCCGAUCUGACGGACUAACUAUGGAUAGUCUGGGCAGCCGCUGUAAGAUCGUGGUGGUGGGAGACACGCAAUGUGGGAAAACGGCGCUCUUGCAUGUUUUUGCUAAGGAUUGCUUUCCAGAGAGCUACCUGCCCACCGUGUUUGAAAACUACACAGCCAGCUUUGAGAUAGACAAGCACCGGAUCGAGCUUAACAUGUGGGACACAUCAGGUUCGUCUUAUUACGACAAUGUGAGGCCGCUGGCAUACACCGACUCGGAUGCAGUUCUCAUCUGUUUUGACAUCAGCCGCCCAGAGACUCUUGACAGUGUCAUAAAAAAGUGGCAAGGAGAGACCCAGGAGUUCUGUCCACAAGCCAAAGUGGUGCUGGUAGGCUGUAAACUGGACAUGAGGACAGAUGUCAACACCCUCAGGGAGCUCUCAAAGCAGCGCCUGAUCCCCGUCACUCAUGAGCAGGGAAGCGCAAUAGCCCGGCAGAUAGGCGCCGUGGCGUAUGUGGAGUGCACCUCCAAGGUUUCCGAGAACAGCGUUCGUGACGUGUUCCACAUCACCACUCUGGCGUCAGUGCGCCAGCCGAACAAGCCGCAGCUGAAACGCAGCAGCUCCCGCAAAGGCCUGAAGCGAGGCUCACAGCUCCCCCUGCAACCUCUGCAGAGCCGGACUGAGCAAACGGAUCAAGCCCCGGCCAUGAGGAAGGACCGGGCCAAGAGCUGCGUGCUCAUGUAGAGACCCAGCUUCACACAGUAUACAUAUGUACAUACAUAAGAACAGAAAUAUAUAGCAGAGGAAGUCUAUUUAUUAUUUGAUGUCUUUUUUGGGCUUAUUUUUAUUUUAUUGCACUGAUGGAAAGCGGGAACAGAAAAAUACUUCACUGUGGAGACAAAUGCUCGGAUUCUCAUCUCUUUUUGUUUGUGCGUGUGCAUAUUUUAUAAGCUGUUUACACAUUUGUCUCGUUUUGAAAUGAUGGCAAAUUGGACUAACCCUCCGGACAUGUGGGAGCUGUGAUAGUGGAAGUGCCGCCUCGUCCCGGGAAUUAAAGCGGAAUUAAUUUCCUGACAGGGGAUGGCACGUUGAUGGAGAGCGCAUAAGAGGAGAGCCAUGUUGACGCAGGAUGUCUGCAGAUGAAACUUGUUUUCAAAGGCAGGGCUGCUCGGCAAACAUGAGGACUUUUUUUUAAGCUGCGCUGCCUGAAGUUCCUUCCUGCUGCCAUGAUUGAGAGGAAAGGAUGCACCUACACGGUGAAAAAACAUAUUGUGAUAUAAUCUGAAAGAUGACUCAUUUGAAGGUGGAAAUGAGAUGAAAUGUUGCAUUAAAACCACAAGUGCUUUUUAUUGAAAGAAAAUAUUACUUUAACAUCUAACAUCCGCUUCAGUUGUUUAAAUUAAGGAUUAAAAGUUUCUUUGCUAAAACUAAACUGCAAAAUGCCAGGGCUGUUUUGCUGUACUGUCACUUAAUUUAAGAUUAAAGCAAAAGCCUGACAGCACAGAGAAAAGACGACUUCUCAUUGAAUUCAUUCUGUUUUUAAAGUGUAACAUAUGACCCUGAAAUUAAAGUGUAGAUGCAACAUU